GUGCCAAUAUCUGAAAUGUCAAUGGAAAGCAGCCAUGUGGAAGAAAAGCUUUGCUCGAAAAGACAAGAGAGAGAUCAUCAUCAUUUAGGCUGGAUAUCUGGUCUUCUCAGGAGGAGGAAGAAGAGGUCAGCACAAGAAGAUGAACGUAGCAUAUCUGAAGGCGAUUCUCGUUUGAUGAUAAGACACAAAGCCAAGAUUUUGCAUUUGUUUCUCUCUGACAUCAUGAGGAAGCUGAAACAUGCAAUCAGAAAAGAGAAACCGCGGCACGACCACCGCAGAUUGCUGGAAACGAAGAAAAGCUUUCAGAAGAGUUUGUCAACCAAAGAUCAUUUCUUUCUCGAGCGCAUGACUUCGAUAUCUCGACAGAGAUCUCAUCAUCAAGAACACUACGACAACGAGAAACAUCUCUCUGAGAUGGUAGGAAAUCAAAGUAGGAUCGUAUUAUCCCUUCCCGAGGAUUCGUCUCCUUUCAGCAGCCCAGGAAGAGUAUGGGACAAGAAUUCAACCGUGCUAUCGAGAUCUUCUACUUCAGACGAUUUCAUGAACUCUGAAACAGUUGCAGGUAGUUUACAUUUUCUCCCAUUUUUUAGAGAUACAAUACGUUAUUAUUUUUAUCCAAUGAUUCUUUGCGACUCUGCUGCAGAUGAUUCCUUAACUAUCAAAGAGAUAGACUCUGCUUCACCGAUAGAAGGAGAUGAGAUUGUUGAUGAGAUGUCAAAAGUUGAAGCUCAUGGUGGAAAGAAUGAGGGUGGAAUCUUGGAAGAGACACUGUCUCAUCCCUCUGUGGCCUCAUCACCAUCCCAGCCGCUAUUCACUGAAUAUGAAAUAAAUCCAGCAAGAGGUGAAGCAAAGAUACAAGAAGAGAACCGUGGUAUGGAUGACAAAGAAGCAGUGUUUAAGUACGUAAAAGAGGUGUUGGAUGCAAUAGACUCAAAUUGGGAAGAGCUGUAUCUGAUAACAGAACUCUCUGACCAGCUUCUUUGUCCGGCAUUAAUCAGCAACAUACCAUUAUAUCCAAACAAGCUUUGUGUAGACCAUGACCUCCUCUUCGACAGCAUCAACGAAGUUAUCUUCGAAUUCUGCAGGGUUCCUCAAUGGGUUUCCUUUGUUGAACCCAGAACCCUAGCCUUGCCCGCCUCUAGCGUGGAAAGCAUUGUUAGCGAGGUACAAGAAAAGGUUUAUUGUCGUCUCUUGCCAAUGCAACUCCCUCGGUUGUUGGACGAAAGAGUUAGAGAAGACAUGGACAAACCCAGGAGCUGGUUAGACACCAGAUGGGAGGUUGAGUGGAUUGGCUUUGAGAUUAGCGAGUUGAUACUAAAUGAACUAGUGGAAGAAGUCAUGGUUGACUACUUGACUUGAAGAGAAGAUGAUCACAGCAUAUAAAGAUAUGUUGGU